AUGACCGAAGCUCAGUUCCCAUUGGAGACUACCUCCUGGUCCAUGGAGACCCUCGGUGAUUCAUAUAUGGGACAACACGAUGAACUUGGCCCGGGCCCCUUCAUCGCUACCGAUUUUCCUUUGACGAUGCAAGAUGCACUAGAUCCCUCCUGGGCUGUUGAGCAGUUCGGCUGGAUUGAUGGAUACCCGGUUAAAUCGACCGCAUUUCAACCAUAUCCACAAAUAUGGUAUGAAGCCGGUCUAGUGAGACAGGACUGUGGAGGGGUCAAAGCCGAUACUACAAGUUUCUCACUCAACCAAUCAAUUCCCUUCCAAUCCACCGAGAAUGUCCCGAUCCACUCCCGCCCAGAUCUCCAGCUCGCAACACAAAGAGCCCUCUUCAUGACCCCUCCAUCAAAUACCCUAGCCUUCCCCUUCCCCGGAUCCCCAAGCUCAGAUCUCCACGGGUCCCCAGGACCAAGCCAUGCCUCAUCAAGCGGGUGGGAAGGAGAAGCCGAGCACUUGGAAGACGCCCAAUACACGCAAUUCGACUUCGGGCCGUCAGGAUUGGACGCUCAAUAUCAGGCUCAUGGCCAGCCCCACUCCGUCAGCUCCCCGCACCGUCGAUACUCCAGAACAGACGAGGAGUGUCUUACACCACUCGAGAUGCCAGAUGGCAGUACUCGCAUGACAUCAAAUUGGCUCCCCGUCGACCCUGAUGCUGGGUUUGCGAUCGGUUCUGCCAUGAUGAUGAAUGAGGAUAUGCCAGCGUUUCAGGAUGUGAAGCAUGCUUUCUUUCCAUCUGACCCCGCGGCUUGGUCGUAUGACCCAUGA